CGCGCGCACAAAACAAAUAACUAGGCAAUGCAAGUUGAUCGAUCGAUAGGGCCACUGGACACUGCCGAUCGACGAUAGAGCUAAGCCAUGGCGUCCCCCCAUGACGAAACCCCGGUGCCUGCCAAGGACCAGUGCUUUCGUCGGAUGGAGAAGUUCAACAACAAGAACAAGGAUUCCCUCUUGACGAUGGCGCUGAAAGCUGACGAGCCCCUCAUCCAGUUCUUCGACGACGGCAACGCCGGCGACAUCAGGCGUCAGCUUGAUGAUGGCGCCAUAGGCCAGCGGGACAAGUUUCGUCCCAAGUGCGUGGCCAUCGGGCCGCGCUUCCGGGGCCAGCAAGGCCUGAACGACGGCGAGGAGCUCAAGCACGCGGCGGCGUACGACUUCUGGCACUGCACCGACGUGCCCUUCAGCGUCCUGUACAGCCGCGUCGAGGAUGUUGCCGCCAAGGCACGGCGCUCCUACGCGAGCCCCAUCGACGACAGCAUCACCGACGAGGAGCUCGCCGCCAUGCUUUUCACUGACGGAUGCUUCCUGCUGCAGCUGAUCGCCAUCGCCACCGAUGACGGCGCGGGUGCGUCGUUUGGCUCCCGCUACCGUGUCGCCGAGCUCCUCCCCAUCCUGUUAGUGGACAUCUUCAUCGUCGAGAACCAGAUCCCGUGGAUCGUUCUCAGCGCGCUCAUGUCCGUCAGGCCAGUCCAGGUCAUGCGGUUCAUCGACAUGCACGUCGCCGGCUGGUUCGACAAGCGAGUGGCCAGGCCUGGGCACGCAUGGGGCGAGAGCGCCGACGACUGCAAGCCCAUCCACCUCCUGGACCUGCUCUACAAGCAGCAGACCGGGCAGGCGUCGACGAGCCUGACGCUGGGCGACCUGUCCAGGUUCAGGCAGCAGGUCAUACCCCUCGCGUCGGCCUCGGAGUUGGCGGAGGCCGGCGUCCAGAUCCGCCCGAGCCGCACCCCGCGCUUCGCAGACAUACACUUCCAGCGGCGCUGGCUCGUCUUCGGCCGCCUUCUGCUUCCUCCGCUCCAGCUCUCCACCCAAACCGUGCCUAUCAUCAUCAAUAUGAUGGCGUUCGAGCUGCUCUACUCGCAGCAGCUCCAGGGCAGGAGCCACAUGGCCGCCUACAUCGGCAUGUUCUCGACGCUGAUCAGCACCGAGGAUGACGUGCGGCAGCUGCGGCGGAAGGGCAUCUUCGUCACCACUCUGAGCGACAAGGACGUCAUGGGGCUCAUCAAGAGGAUGGAGCCGCACAUCCAGAGCGCGGGUAAGGUCACCGCCCACCCGCUCCAAGUCCUCAUCACCACCUUCUUCAAGAGGCAUCGGCUCUGGAUAACUCUCCACCGCAUCGUCUACCAUAACCUGAGGUUCCUCCUUGCCAUCGGUUCCUUCCUUAGCAUUUCCCUCUCCAUCCUCAAGGCCAUCCUUUCUCUCCGGGAUUCGCCGAUGGCUGCCCCGGCAGGCACCGGCCACUGAUGCUGAUGGAGUGCGAAGCUUACAUUAUAUACCAUGUAUGAUACUAUCAAGGACACAAAAGUAGAGCGUCCCUCGUGGUAUAUUUUGGGUUGUUGCCAUGCUGAUCAAACCCUUUUUGUGCAGUAUAUAUUUCUGAUUUAGUACAUAUAUGAUGUAUGAUGUUCCAGCGAACCUCAUGGAACCAAAUUUGUAUU